CUCACUCUCUCACUCUCUCACUCUCUCUCUCUCUUUGUUCUUCUUUCUUCUACCCUACACAGAGAUUCUAAUAAUGGAAAUGGAAGAUCAUCAUCACCAACUUCAUCAUCAGCAGAACCACCACUACGGUUGUUUAACCGAUCUGUUAAUGAACAACGCUCCUAUGCACCAAUCCCAACCACCGCAACCACCAAUAACACUAGGCGGAGCCACCAGCCACCACCACCGCAACCUGCCACCGUUGCCGGAGACAACGAUGACGAUGUUUGAGAUGAUGGGAGCGCCACGUGGGGUGGUUAUGAAUAGCGAGUUGGCAUCAACAACAAGAGGAUCAGGUGUGGGAGGGUGCAUGGGUGGGGAUGCAUCCUCAAACAACGGAAGAUGGCCAAGACAAGAGACUCUCACUCUUCUUGAGAUCAGAUCUAAGCUUCACCCUAAAUUCAAAGAUGCUAAUCACAAAGGUCCCUUAUGGGAACAAGUCUCCAGGAUAAUGUUAGAAGAACAUGGAUACCAAAGGAGUGGAAAGAAAUGCAGGGAGAAGUUUGAGAAUCUGUACAAAUAUUAUAAGAAGACAAAGGAAGGAAAAGCAGCAAGACAAGAUGGGAAGCAUUAUAGGUUCUUUCGCCAACUUGAAGCCUUGUUUGGAGACAACAACAACAAUUCCAACAACUUUGUUACCAACAACAACCUUAUUAAUUUACAAACAAAUCAAGACAAGUUUCAUAAUCAUCAUUAUUCUCAUCAUCAUCACAAUAACAAUAAUAAUAAUAGUGUAAGCCUCAUCACAAACUCCACUAAUGAGUUUGACACAUCAUCAUCAGAGACUGAUGAUGAUGAUGAAUCGAGGAAGAGGAAGAGGAGGAGGUGGAAGAUGAAGAUGAAGAUGAAGGAGUUCAUUGACUCGCAAAUGAGCAAGCUUGUGAAGAAGCAAGAGGAAUGGCUUGAGAAGUUAGUGAAGACAAUGGAAGAGAAAGAAAAGGAAAGAGUGGUGAGAGAAGAAGAAUGGAGAAGAGAAGAGGCAACUAGGUUGGAGAAGGAGCACAUGUUUUGGGCCAAAGAAAGAGCAUGGAUUGAAGCAAGGGAUGCUGCAUUAAUGGAUUCUUUUAACAAGUUAACAAGGAGAAGGGAAAUCAUUAAGGCUGAAGAACAAGAACAUGAUCAAGAAGCUCCUCAUCAUCAUCAUCAUUUUCAUCAUCAUCAAGAUGAUAGUGUGAUGAUGAUGAUGAUGAUGGGAGACGAAGAAAUCAUCAAAAAUCAUAACGAGAAUAAUAACAAAGAUAUUAGAGAAAAAUACAUGUAUGUUUCGGAAGCACAUUUAAUACAUGCACCAGAAACAUCUACAGCUACUCAUUUUCAGUUGUAAAUACAGGUAGAUAUUCAAAUGAAGAUUCUAUAAUUGUCUUUAU